AUGGAAAUUCUCAAAUUUCAAGGAUGGAGUUUUUCAGAAAUUUUCCAUGUUAAUGAAGCAGAUGCUAAUCUUGCUCUUCUUCCAAGAGAUAUUAAAGCAGAAGAUGCAGUUAUGUUAUCAGAUAUGGUAACUACAGGAUUCCAUGGAGCAGAAUUAGCUAAUAUUAAACUUGGAGAUACAGUUUGUGUUAUUGGUAUUGGACCAGUUGGAUUAAUGUCAGUUGCAGGAGCAAAUCAUCUUGGAGCAGGAAGAAUUUUUGCAGUAGGAUCAAGAAAACAUUGUUGUGAUAUUGCUAUGGAAUAUGGAGCAACAGAUAUUAUUAAUUAUAAAAAUGGAGAUAUUGUAGAACAAAUUCUUAAAGCUACAGAUGGAAAAGGAGUUGAUAAAGUAGUUAUUGCAGGAGGAGAUGUUCAUACAUUUGCACAAGCAGUAAAAAUGAUUAAACCAGGAUCAGAUAUUGGAAAUGUUAAUUAUCUUGGAGAAGGAGAUAAUAUUGAUAUUCCAAGAAGUGAAUGGGGAGUUGGAAUGGGUCAUAAACAUAUUCAUGGAGGUUUAACACCAGGUGGAAGAGUUAGAAUGGAAAAAUUAGCAUCACUUAUUUCAACUGGUAAAUUAGAUACUUCUAAACUUAUUACACAUAGAUUUGAAGGAUUAGAAAAAGUUGAAGAUGCAUUAAUGUUAAUGAAGAAUAAACCAGCAGAUCUUAUUAAACCAGUUGUUAGAAUUCAUUAUGAUGAUGAAGAUACUCUUCAUUAA